UGUUUGUCGCUACGAACACCGCCACAAAAUUUUCUAUGUCACUUCCUUCCCAAACCCAUCCCCCUCCCCCAACUACUAGCCAUGCUGCAGGUGUCUUAGCGCAGCGUAUAUUUUCCUAGUAGUAAGCUAUAUAUGUAUAGUUUGGUUCAAAAUGCUCCAAGCAUUGCAAAGUUAAACUUUGUCACACCUUUCUCAGCCAUCCCACUCCUAAAAAUUCAAUUUCAUCUGGACUGUCGCCAGUCAGCCUAGCAAACAGAAAAAAAACCUGUAGAUUUGUUAGUAAUAGAAUUCAGUUUACAUUAUUUAUAGACAUUGCCCCCUUCACGUCUGCAUCCCAGCCCUAAUGCUGCUUAAAGUGUUUUAUCCCAAUGGUAAUUUUUUUUCCACACAGUAAGUCAUAUAUGUACCAAGUUUGGUUGAAAUUGCUUUAGUUGUUCCAGAGUUAACACUAGCAGGACCAAGGGGCCAAAUAGGCCCCUUUUCGAUCUUUUCACUUGUUUUCUGAGCAAAUUGUAAGUUUGACUAACUUGAUAUUUUGUGACUUUUCAUCAGUCAUAUGAAAUAUUAAUCAACAUGUUUUGGAGUGUCCUAUUUUUAUUAGGUUGAGAAAUAUGAAGCUUACCAUCUAGAAGGACAGCGGGGCCAAUUUAGCUCCUCCGACAUUUCUCUUUAUUUAGAGGCUACUUCUUUGCAAUACUGCAUAUCAAAUCACAUCAACUGUUGUCCCUUUGUUGUUCAAAUAUGCGACAACUAUGUCAUUCAAUCCAGCGCUGAUUGUUGGUUAGUUGACGCAAGGAUUUCAGUUCUUGUCUGUUGUGACGGUAUCUGAGAGUCGUCCCUGCAGUCAUGAGCUACGGAUACAAGAAGCGGCUAACAGACGCUGAAACACUAGCAGAACUGAGAAAAAUAGAAGAUAAAAGUUCAGGUGAAGAAUUUGAGUUUUCCGACAGUGAUCAGUACAAUGAAGAAAGUGUAGUAGUUCCAGUAUGUGCAAAUGAAGAAUGUGAUUCGUGCAACGAAUGUGAUGAUGUAAACACAGCCCAGGACAGUUUUCCGCUAAAUUUAGGGGAAAAUGAAGCUUCUACAUCCAGCAUGCCUUCUGAUGUUCCAAAUUCUAGCUCUAUAAGAUCAACAACCCGGACAACAUUUGCUUCCCCUGGAAGUCAGUCAAAAACUGAUACUGGGCAACCUACUGAAUAAAAUGAAACAGCAAAAGAUGGGACUGUGUGUAAAAUUGUACCAGUGGGUUCUAAUGCAGGUCAUCUACAAAGUCAUAACAUUUUGCGGGAGAGCUCAGGACCAACAUCAUAUACUAAAAGGAAAAUUCAAAGUGGGAAACUUCUUAGUGCUUGGCAGUUAAUUUUCAGUGCUUCCAUGAUGCGUCACAUCAAGCACUGUACUGAAGCUGAGGCUCGUCAUCGAACACAAGAUGAUUCCUGGACAGUAGACACUGAAGAACUGGAUGCUUUUGUUGCCGUAAUGUAUGCAAGAGGAGUGUAUGGGGCAAAGUAUUUUCCUCUCAAAAGUCUAUGGUCAACAGUAUGGCGUCCUCUGUUUUUCAGACAAACUAUGGGACAAAACAAAGUUAUCGAAAUAAUGAAGUAUAUGAGGUUUGACACCAAGUCCACUAGAUCUGAACGCCUCAAGGCUGACAAAUUUGCUCUUGUCUCAGAUACUUGGAAUGCUUUCAUAGAAAACAGGGUGUCAUGCUAUAAAACAGAACCUUAUCUUACAGUUGAUGAACAACUUUUGCUGUCUAAAACAAGAUGCCCAUUCACACAAUAUAUUGCAAGCAAGUCAGAUAAGUUUGGCAUAAAAUUCUGGUUACUUGUAGGUGUUUCUAGUAAAUACAUACUGAAUGGAUUCCCAUACACUAGUGCUGAUCCCCUUCGACUAGCUGACCAAGGCGUAGGUGAAAAUGUUGUUCUUAGGCUCAUGGGACCAUACUUAGGCAAAAGUUUGAAUGUCACUACUGACAGUCACUUUACUUCACUAAGCCUUGCACACCGUCUGAGGGCAGCAUCCACAACUUUAGUAGGUACUUUGAACCGUAAUCGAAGGGAGGUGCCUCCUGCUGCAAAGACCAGAAAACAAACACUCCACUCGACUAUUGUGUAUAAAAAUGAUGAGGGAACAACAUCAACAGUUUAUCAAGGGAAAACAAAUAAGAAUGUUUUGUUACUGAGUUCACUUCACUCUCAUGUAUCACUGUCUGAUAGUCAGAAGAAGACUCCUGUAACAGUGCAAUUCUACAAUGAAACAAAAUUUGGGUUCGAUGUUGUCGAUCAAAUGACAAGAAUGUGCUCUGCAAAAGCCGGUACAAGACAUUGGCCAAUGCAUGUAUUUUACAACAUUCUUGAUUUGGCUGCCAUAAAUUCCUGGGUGUUGUAUAAGGAAGUGACUGGUAUGCGACUUAGCAGGCGGAAGCAUAUUUUUGAUUUGUGUGAAGAGCUUCAAGCGCAGUAUGUAUCACCAAGAAAUAAAGAGCCAGACCAGAAUCAUGUAGACACUAAAGGCAGACCACAGAGGGCAACUAAGAGAGAGAAGUGUAAAAUCCGUACCUCAUGUAAAGGAAACCAUACUGCUACUGUUUGUUCAGGUUGUGAGAAAGCAGUAUGUGGCAAAUCUGAGAAGAGAAGACGAGUGUGAUAUGACAAGUGCAGCAGUAAACAGUAGUGAACUACGGUGG